AUGACUGAUCAACGUUUUAAAUAUUAUACUGGUUAUGAAGUUGAUAAUGAACCGAGUGAUGAUGAUGACGAAAUCCCUUGCAGUAGCGCAAUAACUCAGGGUGAUGUUGGCUCGGGCAGUUCCGAUGAUGAAUUUGAUCGACCACUACGUGAAUACAUCGAAAAGACAAUGUCUCAUGGAACGAAAAAUAAAAAUUCUUUAUCGACAUCUACUACUUCAAAUGCAUUUGCUAAUGAAAUGGAAGAUGAAUUAGAUCAAAUUUAUCAUAAUUUUAUUUCACGUGGAUCAUUUGACUUACCAAUAUCUACUCAGAAAACACAACAAGAAAAGAAAAUUAUAGUUAAUGAACAAAAUGACGAUCAUAGUGAUGAUGAAAACGAUGAAAAAAAUCAAUCAGUAGUGAAUAAGGAUGAUCAAGAAAAGAUUAAUGAUGAUCUUCUUUAUGAUCCUGAUGAAGAAGAAGAAGAUGAAAAAUGGAUGACAAACGAACGUCUCAAAUCUCGAGGAGCUAACAUCACACAAAAACCAGAUGCAUCAUCACUUGGACCAACUGAUGCAGUUCUUAAUUGUCCAGGUUGUAUGGUAUUAGUUUGUCACGAUUGUCAAAGACAUGAAACAAAUCGAAAUCAAUAUCGAGCAAUGUUUGUCUUUAAUUGUACAAUUGAUGAAAAUCGUAUUGCUCGUGUAUCGACGGUUAGCAGUCAAAAAUCGUUGAAACAAAAGAAAAAGAAUAGUAAUAAACGAUUUAAAACAGAUAAUCCUGAUUCUGUAAAUGAUAAAGAAGAACAAGAAAUUAAAGACGAUAUAUUAAGACCUGUAUUAUGCAGUGAAUGUGGGACAGAAUUAGGUGUUUAUGAACCGAAAGACGAAUUGUAUCAUUUUGCUAACGUACUUGCUAGUCAUUGA